AUGGCAGUGCGGUUAAGGAAUAGUAACAGGAAUGACUACAAGUUACUCCGAUUACGAGAUGCUCAUUCUUGUAUCAAUCAGAGAGUCAACAUCAUUGCCAUUGUUCUCGAGUUUGGUCUCCCCAGAACAACUAGAGGCACUGAUCGGUGUUGUACACUAAGAUUGAUUGAUGAAACGCAUCACCAAACCGGUAUGUCGGUUAAUAUUUUUACCCAAAAUGCUGAAAGCCUUCCCCAUGUUACUGCUGCCGGAGAUAUAAUUCAGCUUUCUAAUGUUACGUUAAAGACACAUCUUAAGGAAGUAAAUGCUGUUUUCUACAAAAACUCUUCCUCUUUUGCCUUAUACAAAGGGAAAGGUGAUGAUCAUGAUUUUGUCCCUUAUCAAGUUUAUUCUAAAGUUUUCCUCAGAGACGACGACAAAAUGCGCAUAAACAUUCUUCGAAAAUGGUUGGUCAAUUUUCAGAUGCCUGCAGAUUCAAGUGAUUUUCCUAUGCUAAGAGAAAUCAAAGAAGGUCACUUUAAUUUGGCAGGCAAGAUACUUCAUUGCUGGGAGGCUUUGAAAGAUAAUUGGUUUGUCUAUGUUUGGGACGGUACAGAUACCCCGCCAAAUGCCAUAACUUCAAUGCUUGAAGAUGAAAUCAAUCAUCCACUUCCAUUACAAUUGGAAUCUCUGCCUUUGCCAAGAGACGUACUAUGUACUCUGCCUACUGUUGGCUCCAUCUUGAGGAUUGCUUUUGAACUACCCAUAGAGAAAAAUCAUCUCGAUGUUCUUAAAAGUGGUAAAUGGGCCCAGUUUAUCAACAUACAUCUCAAAGUGUAUGCAGGACUGUGGUAUGGUGUUUUUACCGCACAUUCAAAGCUUCGACAUACACCAAAUGAAGACCGUCUCAUUAUAGAAUGCCAAAGGUUGUAUGAUGACCGCAUAUUGUUGAAAUCAGGAAACAUGCCUGUUGGCAGCAUACCUCAGUCCAUUGACAGCUUACCCGAGUCUUUAUGUAUUACAAAGGUUAAUCACGACCGUGUGCGGCAUCUUACUUUAAUGGAUGUACUAACUCAUUCAGAGGUGACAGCUAAGUUUAAGUGUGUUGUUCGAGUGGUAGCAGCAACACCAUACCAAGCUGAAAAGUUCUGCACGCCUGCUGGGAAGUAUAUGAUGAGACUGACCCUAGAGGAUCCAACAGCUAGAAUCCAUGCUUUUGUAGUUGAUGAAGAUGGGGAGACUCUUUUUGAUGGUUAUCCCGGCUCUGCAAAUGUAAAAAGUAAGUUGAACAGAUUGCUUGGAGUAACUGAAUGUGAUGACAGUGUUGUGGCAAAUGAUAGGCCAAGAAAUCCACCAUGGGUGAGUGUUUGUAUUAAAUCAUACUAUGUCUUAAAAACUGAUGUAUGGGGAAGUAGAAACUUUAGAAUAUUUGACACCAAAAUAGUGGAUAGUCCAAAACAAUGA